CGUGCGUGCCGGGCCCAGGACUCGGCGGGCGCUGCUUCGGAGGCGCCGGCCGCGGUGCGGUCGUUUUUGUACCUUCCCGCGCGGACGUCGACGCCGCCAACGGAAGGGCGGGGCGGCGCGUGAUUAGGUGGCGAAGCCCGCAGGCUCCACCACCAUGAAGGUGAAAAUUAAGUGCUGGAACGGCGUGGCCACCUGGCUCUGGGUGGCCAACGACGAGAACUGUGGCAUCUGCAGGAUGGCGUUUAAUGGCUGCUGUCCUGACUGUAAGGUGCCUGGUGACGACUGCCCUCUGGUGUGGGGCCAGUGCUCUCACUGCUUCCACAUGCACUGCAUCCUCAAGUGGCUCAAUGCACAGCAGGUGCAACAGCAUUGCCCCAUGUGCCGCCAGGAGUGGAAAUUCAAGGAGUGAGGCUGCAUGCUGUGCAGCUCCCUCCCCUCACCUGAGAUGGCAUCCUAAGACCCCCAUCAUCACUGUGGAACCCAGUGGCCAUGGUCUCUAGUGGGGACUGUUCCCCUUUAGCUGUAACAGGGUUGAAACAAGGACUGUAGCUUCCCUCGUUUGUUUUUUUUCUAUCACAAUGUUGACACUUUUAUUCAAUAAGUAAAACUCAUUAAAGUACUUGAGCCUUGCUGGAGGCCUCUGGGCGCCUGUUUUCUUGGCAUAUUGAUGCAGCAUCACAGUGUUUUGGAAUGAAAACUCAUGAAUAAACAUGAUGAUGAAACACUGCCGAGACCCUUAUCAAAUCCUGAGUCACAACUCCAGGAGAAAGAAUGCGGGAGCAGACAGAAGAGCCUGGGGCAGGGGCUGGCCAGGCAAAGAAUGUGGGGUAUGUUUGUUCCAGUGUGGGAUGCAGGGGCACCAUGGCACCAGGACACUUCCUCUGAUGGAAGCUCCUGGGACCCUCCCUCAGCUCUGAGUGGGCACAGCUGGCAGCUACUGUUCAUGUGUCUUCCUGGCUGAAGGAAGAAGUGGCUGAGCAGGCUCUGGUCAUGCCCAGAUGGUCUGCAGAGACUGCUGUGGUGGUCUGUUCUCCUUACUGAGACUGAUGGCCAGCUCCAGUACAGGACCUUGACAUUGGGAUGUCCCCAAGUAUCCUAAGGAAGAACAGCCCUUGGGAGGCUCCUUUGUUCCCCACACCUGGGUGUCGGAAGCCACUGGAGAAGCAGUAGCCUAGCUCUGGGUGUCACGAAGGUCCUGGGUUGAGACUGACGUAGAUUGUCUCUAGGAACCUUCAGGAAUCAUUCCAUCAGUUCUGUAACCCCUGUCCCCAUGGGCUCAGCGCCCACACCUGGUGUGACCUGCUUUGUACUCCACUUUGUCCUCACAGCCCUAGGGAGUAAAUGAAGCAUCACCUGGAAGGGCAGAGGUUCUGUCCCACCUCUGUCUGCAUGUGGGCCAUUGGAGGUCCACCCACUGCAAGUGCAGUCAGGCUUGUGGCUCUGGGCAGGCCACCAAGCUUUUCUGCUGGGCCAUCUACACAUGGGGGCCUGGACCUGGCACCAGCCAUUAAGAGUAAAGAAGGUCACAGUUCAGGAGGGAGGUGGGUGUGAUUGAGCUGUGACUGCAAAGAGGGGGGACAAGGUCCAUGGGUCUGGAGCUGCUUGGGCUGGCUCACAGGCCAUGUCCAUCUUGAGGUCCAAGCUUCAUGUUCAUUCUGGCCUGCCCCUACCUCUACCUGCCUCCCCUCCUAGAGUGCCCUCCCCCUCCUGGGUACCUUCCCAUGGGAAUCCACCCAUUUUUCAUUGUCUCUAAAGCAUCUUCCUGUGGGACAGGAAGUCCCCAUGAGGGCCUCACCUUCCCAGGCUCACCUCUGAACCCUCCACAGCCACAGGCUCACUUCUGGCUUCCUUGCCCCUGGGUGCCCAGAGAGUCUUGUUCUAAGGACCAGUCCCACCCCCAAACACACCCAGUCUCUGGAGGUCAUAAAUCCACAACCUGCCCUAGGCACAGGUGCCCUCUCUGCACAUGGGGUCCCUGAUUUCUGGGCUUUCUUCCCCAUUGUUCUCCCACCUGCCUUUUCCAAGAAAGGGUAUCUGUAAGGUCCUCAUCAAACCCCAUAACCUCAGCCCGGGCUCACCCUCAGUUCCCUUCCCAGGCAGGCUCGGAGUCACUGGGGGAAGCUCAGCCCAGUCUUUAGACUGUCUCCAAGCAUCCCCUUAUCUCCCUGGAGUACCCCUUCAUUGUCCCCACCUGCUCCUGGUUCAAGGAGCCAUGUCCAAUUCAUGUUCUGGGCCCUGGCACAGAGCAGGUGUUCAAUGCCUCUAACCUUGCACUGUGUCCAGAGCGCUUGGACUGAUGUUUGCCAAAUGCAUUCAGAGAAGGCUCUAGGUGCACAGCCAGGUGGGAGAGGCUCCUGGGCCACCCAUUCAGGAGCAGAGCUGGGCAGGAGGGGCCUUGGGUCUGUAGUCGCUCUCUCUGGCUUUCCUGAAGUUGGGGCCUGGCUUUGCUGCCCUUCUCCCGCUAGAGGAGCAGGUCAAGUAGCAGAAUGACCCAUCAUGAGCAUAAAACAAGUUGCCCCCGCCAUGUCCCACCUGUGGACUUUUAUGCCUGUGGUCAGGAAGUCUUGGGUCCUGAGAUCAGUUCUCUUUCAGGGUGGGCGAAAUUGCCCCCUUUGCCUCCUGAGCACCGAGCGGCCACUGGCUCUCCAGCCUCCGCAACACUGGGGAGGAGUGAAGCAAAGGCUCCCGGGGCUUGGCACUCUUGGGCCAUUGCAGGGGUUCAGUGCAGCCAGCCCCUCCCAGGCUCCCACUGAGGCCGGCCCAGGUCAAUGGACCCGGCUGGUGGGAGGGUCUGUGUGUCCAAUCAUGAGAGUGUCUGUGGUUACAGGCGAGAUCCGGCUCUGGAAUGCAUGCGGGGCCUGACCUGUCCUCAGCGCAGCCCUGCGCCCCUGCCCACCUGCUGCUCCUCCGGGCCCUGCGACGCGCAGCACGCCUGGCUCCGUCGUCGGAGUCCCUUCCCCGCCCAGUCCCCCGCCCCCGUCCCAGCCGCGGACAUAUAAGACACGGUC